AUGCAAUCCUCUAAAAGUUAUCCUUAUGAACACUCAAAAUCCGAGCUGUCGUCACCUGGGGAUAAGAAAUCAAAUAAAAUCAUAAAUGCAUCAUUAUUAGAGGGCGAUAAACAAAACAGUAAUAUUUCACUCCAAGAACAAGUCAGUUCAAACUUAGCAAAUCCAACAAACAAUCCUACUGAAAUAUCAGAAUCAUAUACCAAUCUUCCUUUCAGAGAUAUGGGUAAAGUGUCGUUUCAUAUUAGAGAUAGAAUAUCUGUUAUAAUCGCAAGUAUUACGUAUACUACAUUGGAGUUUAUUGAUCAUUUCACAGAUGACUCUGAUAUCGGUAAAGAAUUCAUCAAGUACGUAAUAAAGUCCCAACAGUUCUUUAUAGAAUGA